CGCCCCGAAGGCCGGCUCACUCCACUCCCACUUCCUGAGCCGGCGCUGGAGCCCUGGAGGCCAGGCCAGGGCCGGCCGCACGGCCCUCGGGGGCACGUCAGCCCAAGCCCAGUCCCAGGCCCUGGGCUUGGGAGCUUGCUGCCACCACUGCCCAGGACGUGCAGGCCUCCCACCUUCCUGCCCCGGCCUCCACCCAUCUGGCCGACUGGCCUACUGGCCGCCAUGCGCCUGCCAUGGGCCGCCUCCCCCUGCGGCCUGGCCUGGGGGCCUCUCAUCCUGGGCCUCUGCGGUCUCCUGGCAGCAUCCCAGGCCCGACUGGAGCCCCCAUACCACACAGAGAACCGAACGUGCUGGGACCGGGAAAAGGAGUACUACGAACCCAAGCAUCAGGUCUGCUGCUCCCGCUGCCCCCCAGGCACACACGUCUCCGUGGAAUGCAGCCCCAGCCAGAACACCGUUUGUGCCCAGUGUCCCGAAAAUUCCUACAACGAGCACUGGAACCAUCUCUCCAUCUGCCAGCUGUGCCGCCCCUGUGACCAGAUGCUGGGCUUCGAGGAGACCAUGCCUUGCACCAGCAGACAGAAGACCCAGUGCCGCUGCCAACCAGGAAUGUUCUGCGUGCACUGGGACACGGAGUGUGUACACUGUGAGCCACUCUCAGACUGCCCACCAGGCACUGAGGCCAAGCUGACAGAUGAAGUCGGGGUAGUUAACAGAAACUGUGUGCCCUGUAAGGCAGGCCACUUCCAGAACACCUCCUCCCCCAGGGCCCGCUGCCAGCCCCAUACAAGGUGUGAGGAGCAGGGCCUGGUGGAGGCAGUUCCAGGCACUGCCCGGUCUGACGCCAGCUGCAGAAAUCCCCCAGAGCACUCGGAGAUGCCAGGAACUAUGAUGGUGCUGGCCAUCCUGCUGCCACUGGCCUCAUUCCUGCUCCUCACCACCGUCCUGGCCUGCACCUGGAAGAGCCACCCCUCUCUCUGCAGGAAGCUAGGAUCUCUGCUGAAGAGGCGUCCAGAGGGAGAGGACUCAAAUACCGCUGAUGGAAGCUGGGAGCCUCCAAGGGUCAACCCACAUUUCCCUGACCUGGUAAAGCCACUUCUGCCCUUUGGAGACAUGGCCCCCGCCUCGGCCAGGCUCCCAGCACCCCCAGGUUUGGAGGAAGAGAUGCUGCAGCAACAGAGUCCUCUCAGCCAGGCCAGGGAGCUGGAGCCCGAGCUCCCAGAGCAAAGCCAGGUGGCCCAUGGUACCAGCGGCAUUCAUGUCACCGGUGGGUCUGUGACUGUCACCGGCAACAUCUACAUCUACAAUGGGCCAGUCCUGGGGGGAGCACGGGGCCCCGGAGACCCCCCUGCUUCCCCAGAGCCUCCAUACCCCACCCCUGAAGAGGGUGCCCCUGGCCCUCCUGGACUCUCCACACCCUACCAGGAGGAUGGCAAAGCUUGGCAUCUGGCUGAAACAGAGACACUGGGCUGCCACGCCCUCUAACAGAGCCAAGGACCCAACUUGUCACCCAUGCCUCUUGGUGUCUGGGAACAGUCAGGAGAAGGGACGUGCAAGAGCACCUUCUCCCUGAGGCUGCCCUACCCACCCAGGACUGACCGAGG